AUGAUUGGUGGUGAUUUUAAUGUGGUCUUGAAUGAUGUGAAAAAAAUUGGUGGCAUCCCUAUUCUGCCUCAACAUGUAGAGGACUUUGCCUUUUGUGUGAAUUCUUGUGCACUGGAGGAGAUUAUCUUUAAGGGAAGCCUUUUUACAUGGUGGAAUGGUAGAGCAAGGGAUGAUAUCAUUUUUGAGAGGUUGGAUAGAAUGUUCAUUAAUGCUCCUUUGCAAGAUUGGUUUAGUAGCUUGGAAGUGGAACAUCUAGCUAAGACAGGUUCAAAUCAUAAUUGGCUAGUAUGGGAACAUGAAGACCCUUUCAUUAGCUUCAAGUGUAAGAUGAAGAAGCUUGAAGGGGCAUUUUCUCAGUGGAGUAGAUUUCCAUAUGGGGAUAUUUUCAAACAAAUCAUUAUUAGGGAGGAAAUAACUAGAAUCAGAGAAGGCCUGUUUGAAGAGGAUCCCUCUUCUAUCGAUAGGUAUGUAUUGCAAAAGGCCCAGGCUGAAAUGAAGAAAUAUUUGCAUUAUGAAGAAGAAUUUUGGAGACAAAAAUCUGAUCUUGACUGGUUUGUAGAGGGUGAUAGGAAAACAAAAUUCAUUCAUACUAUUGUGAAAGAAAGAAGGAAAAAACAACAGAUCAGGAAAAUUCAGAAUUUAGAAGGGGAUUGGAUUGAGGAGGCGGAUCAAAUAGUUGCAGAAGCAAUCUCAUUCUAUGAAAAACAGUUCACUUAG